AUGGCUGCGCCUUUGGAACUAAGAGCCUGCAAAUCAUGCGCAAAGUCGAAGAGAAAAUGUGAUAAGCAGAUGUUGUCCUGCCAGAGAUGCAAAGACGCGGGCAUCGACUGCGUGUACCCACCGCCAAGGCAAUCCUCAUAUGUGCUAUUAAACGAUUGUCACUUGUCUAAUGAGGCUGCUGGCUUGCCAAAAUCCUCCGCCGGGAUUCGUGAGAUUGGAGAUGUUAAUACUGCAACACAAUCAUCGGCAGUUGAUCUCUCAACAUGGAAGAUCGAGCCAUAUCCUAUUCACAUUAAUCCAAACAUGAACCUGUUCUCUAGCUCCAUGCUGAAACGUUAUGUCUCGGUGAUCCAGCACUGGCUAAAGAGUUGGGUCAUGUCGGGCAGCAAUCCAUUCAUACACCCUCAGUUGUAUCGGACUCGAUUUCCAACCUGCGUUCAAGUUGCCUACACCACUUUAUCAGCCUAUAUUAACAGAACCGAAACCAAUUCGGAAAUCAUCUUGAGGAUAAUAGAGAGUCAAGCCAAUGAAUUGGUGAGCAACACAGACAUAAGCGUCAACGACGUGCUAGAAUCUCUCGACCCUUUGGAGCAUCUAGCUCGAGCCCACGCCUUGAUGGUGUACCAAAUUAUAUGCCUCUUCGAUGGCGAUAUCCGAUCGCGCCAUCUCGCUGAAGGCCGCGCCAACAUCUUGGUCCGCUGGGUUACGCAGAUGGUCGAAUGUGCCAGUAGCAGCCUAUACCUGCUGUCGUUAACGCUCGAUCCCCUCGAUCUCGUAGAAACUACUAGCCCAGUCAACCCAUCGAGCGUGACCGGCGGCACGGAGCAUCUAUGGCACACUUGGAUUCUGGCAGAAAGUAUACGGCGUACGUGGUUAACGGCUACGGGGCUACAAGCCUUAUACUUAACACUGCAACAAGGCUGGGCUUUUUGUCCUGGGGGCAUGAUGUUUACGACACGCCGCGGGGUUUGGGAAGCCAAAACGGCUUUUGCGUGGGAGAGAUUAUGUUUAGAGACGGACAUUGGAUUCAUUCAGAGAUUUGAGACGGAGAAGCUUUUUACAGAAGCCAGUCCUUUAGAAAUCGACGAAUUUGGGAAGAUGAUACUGGAGAGUACAUAUGGUACAGAACGAAUGGAGCGGUGGACUCAAUGA